UACAGUUAUCUCCUAAGGACACCCUGCGGGUGCUUAGCUAACAUGAGAGAUGGGAAUGGGUUACUCUAGGCUGGUCAGUGAGGUCCCAGAACUGACAGUCAGCCCCGCCCCUGGGGUGCGGAGAAGCCUAAGGGCUCUUGUGAGUGAAGAAGCUUUCCUCCUCCUCUGACGUCUAUAUUCUGGAUGUUUCCUUGAAGCAGAAUCAGUCCACGCUGAGCCAGCAGGGAGGCAGCUGGCCAUGCGCACCUGCUCAGAAGACCCCCACCUGUGCGGGGCCUCCUGGCUCCUGCGAUUCACCAGCCUCCUCCUCAGUGUCUGCAGUGCUGUGACCCAGAGUCCUGGAGCCCGUGGGUCUGCCGUGGACGAUUCUGGAAACCCUGUUCCUCUGAAGGGGACUCUGGGAGCUUCUGUGCUGUUUCACAUGAUCAAAAAUCCAGAUUUACCUCCAGGAGCCAAGCUGGAGAGUAUUACUUGGGGCAUUAUAAAUCAAAAAGUGUACACACCCAUACUCCAAGUCAGUCCCGGGGGAGAUGGUCCACGAUGGGUCAACUUCCAGGACAAGUACGAGAAGAGGGUCCAUGUGGUCAACACAACGACCCUGAGGAUUGACAACCUGACCCUUGAGGACAGUGGGCUGUACCGGGCUCAAGAGUCCUAUAUGAGAGGAAGACAGUAUGACCAGGAUUUCCACCUGACGGUCUACGAGCCUGUGCCCCGUCCCCAGAUCCAGGCCAUGGAUCUGUCCCUCACACCAGGCUGGUGCAACCUCACCUUGGAGUGUGACCUCCCGAGAACCAGGGAGGACCUGAUGGUGUCCUGGGAGAGCGAGUGUCUCCCCAGGGAGCUGGAGCAGAGACCGGCCCCAGGACCAGCCCCCAACCCCUGGACCCUGGCUGUGACCCUGCCCCUGAGCCGGCCCAGCCCCAGCCUCACCUGUGUGGUCAGCAACCAGGUGGACCAGAAAAAUGUCACCCUGGACCUUGGGGACGUCUGUGGCCGUGACCGGUGCUGCCCACUUGCCUGGUAUCCUGGCGUCUGUUAUGGUCGGGCUGCUGAUCCUCGGAGCUGGAGCUGGGCUGUACCUUUGGAAGAGACGUGGGAUGAAGAAGCACGUGGAGCCUGGGACAGGCAGGUUGCACUUCUCCUUCCCAUGUCCAGACACCACCACCCCACCACCACUCCCCCGUUGAACUCUGGGCUCCUUUUCUCCUGCAUUUUGCUGCUCAGGGAAUGUCCCUGCAGGAGGCUGGCAGAGGCAGGAUCGAAGGAGGAGCCCAGGGACCCGGAUGGUGGCAUCCACUAUGCAGAGCUGAGCCAGCAGGGGUCCAGAGGCCACAGGGACAAGGGUAGGGGAGAACCACAUCUAGAAGAGGAGAAAUCUCUCACUACUGUCUACAGUGAGGUCCGCAGGCCAGGCCACGCCAUGACCGCGUUUUAAUGGGAAGAAGCAGGAGAAUCCCACCCCGGGGACACCUGUGUCGUGAGCAUGACGCCCGCAGCUCUGUGCCUGCCUCUUCCACCUGUGACGGCUCUGAGGAGGACUAGAUGGGUCCAGCAGUUCUUUCUGUGCUAAAUCCUCCCCGUGAGACACACACAGUGGUAGAUCAGGAGAAACUAAGUAAAUAAAUUGGUCCAAACCUGUUA